ACAUAAUGACAAUCGACAACCAGUUAUCAGUAGAAUAGUUUUGUAACAUUACACUUACAGGAUAUGAUAAUACAUCCACGGUAGGAACUGUCGGACCUCCAAUCGCAGGUUUCCGGUCACACAUAAAGGCCUCAUUUACCAGACGCACCCUAUCACGGCACGCCAGCUACAUUGAAGACACACUUCGUACUUAAUGUUUAACCUGCGCUGCUGUGGUCUUUAAAGAGCCAAUGAGAACAGUUGCAGUCCUUGGAGGGGGGAUUGGGGGUUUGGCAGCAUCUUACUACCUCUGCAAGAGCCCCCACGUUAGCAAGGUUGUUACAUUGGAGUCCAGCAGUCGUUUUGGGGGAUGGAUGUGGUCCACCAGGAGGUCAGAUGGUGCAGUGUUUGAACAUGGACCUAGAGGGAUUCGACCUGCUGGGGCAGUGGGGCGCAACACGCUCAAUAUGGUGGAUGACCUGGGUCUUGCCGGAGAGAUUCUGCCAGUCACCUACAGUCAUGUUGCCUCCAAGAACAGAUAUUUAAAUGUUAACAAACAGCUCCACAGGAUGCCUUCAGGAAUAAGUGGACUUUUGCAGACAGUCCCACCCUUCUCGCGUCCCCUCCUGUUGAGUGUUGCCCCGGAGAUGCUGGUAAAGAAAGGCAAGAAGGAAGAUGAGUCCAUCCAUUCAUUUGUUUCUCGGAGGUUUGGAAAGGAGCUGGCAGACAUAGCUGUAGACAGUUUGUGUCGUGGUGUGUUUGCGGGGGACUGCAGGAAGUUGAGUGUGCGCUCUUGUUUUCCUGUCCUCUACAAUGCAGAGCAGCACAGAGGUUCUGUGACACUGGGUAUGCUGUUGGGCACAGGUCCCAAUCACGUGAUCCCUCCUGGGCCUCUGAGUCAGAGAUCUAUUAAAGAGUCGUGGGCUCAGUGGUCCCUGAGCAGGGGAAUGGAGUCUCUCCCAGAAUCUAUCACAGAGUUCCUAGAACAGAGUGGGAGAGUACAGCUUCACAGAGAGGCAGCUGUUAAACACAUCAGUCCUUCGGCCUCUGGUUGGACGAUCCAUUUGGAGGAUGGAGUCAUGACAGCUGACCACAUCAUCUCUGCACUACCCGCUAAAGCUCUCUCCUCAGUCCUGCCCCUCUCCUGUCAGCCUCUCAUCCAGCAGCUGCAGGACAUCUCCACAGUAACAGUUGCUGUGGUAAAUCUGGAAUAUGAAGGUUCCAUCCUGCCUGUAACGGGUUUUGGUCAUCUGGUUCCAUCGUCUGAGGAUCAGGGUUUACUUGUGGUCUAUGACUCUGUUCCCUUUCCUGAGCAUAACAGACCUAAUGGACAGACUACUAGAGUGACGGUGAUGAUGGGUGGAGCCUGGUUCCAGGAAGUGUUUGGGGUCCCAGAAGCAGUCACAGAUGAACGUCUUUUAGCAAGAGCCACUGAGGCAGUGCAGUGUCACCUGGGAGUCACCACAGUACCCAGCUGGGCUCGGGUUUGUCUACACAGGGAUUGCAUCCCUCAGUAUUAUCAAGGACACUUUCGGGCAGUAGAGUCCAUGCGUAGCUUCAUAAAGGAACAUAAUCUUCCACUAUCUCUGAUUGGCUCCUCGUAUGAUGGCGUGUCAGUGAAUGAUGUCAUCUUUAGUGGACGGACAGCUGUGGAAGAGUUGUUGGGAACUGGAGUCAACGCUGGAAUAUGACAACAAAUGAUCAGAUCUUUUGUUGGUCCGCAGAUUAAUGAAUGUAUAUUUUCCUAAAGCUAAAAUAUUUUAUAUUGUUGGUCUAAUGAGAGCAUCCAGUCAUGUGACCUUGGGAAUCAAUUUACAUUAAUUUAUUUCUAUAGUUUAGCAUUUGAAUUUUAUUUUACAGUGUAUUUCCAGAAAUAAGUUAUUGACGUUCAUGGAACAACAGUAUAACAAACCACAGUUUAUGGACGUGUACACAAGAGUGGUGAGAAUAUGUAUUUUGUAAACGCAAUUGUGGCAUCUGAGAAGUCUCAGUAGUACGAUAGCUUGUGCUAACAUGUGCAGUGUCAAUGUGUCAUGGCCAAACUGCUCCAGAUUGUGCAGGCACAAGUUUCUCUGCUCUCAUCAUAAUUCCAUGUUCCCCUUAAUUAUAUUCCAAGGUAGCCUAUAUUCAUACAUUGUCUGGUUCAUAGCAUCUGAAAGGUUAUACAUACAGGAAAGCAAUGAUGAUAGUGUGAUUUGCACUUCAAGUAAAGCCUUAUUAUACAAGCUGUUUCUGUUUUCCUCACCACCUGUUCCUACUGCAGCUACUGUAACACUAAAGAGGGUUUUAUUACUAACUGAUAGAUGUGUAUAUGACCUGCAUUUAUAGACAUCAACUGAUUUUUAUAUUGUCAUUAUUUUGCAAUCUGGAGUCUGUUUUACAGAUUGUAAAGCCCUCUGAGGUGAACCAGUGAUUUUGGAUUAAAUAUAACGGCAGCGUUCAACUUUGGAGUCAAGACCAAAGAUUUAUCAGCUUGUGACCUUUCAGAUUUAAGAAUAAAAGUUACAAAAAGGAUGUUAGUUUUCAAUUGCCAGAUUAAGAAAGAACCAGUUAGAGGUCACAAGCCAAAAAGCUGAUAUAAAAUAAACGGACGUCAAU